CCUCGCACAAGUACUCCACCUUCUCCAUCUCGGUCGCUAGACAGGCAACAUCUACAAGGAAGCUAGAAACAAUCUAGUCCUACAUGGACGCGUUCAAGCAGAAGGCCAAGGACAUGUUCACCACACGCGAUGGCGCGCUGGGAGCCGCGGCGCUGGUUGCCGGCGCCGUGGGCGCCUACUUCUUCUGGCCUGCCGCUGUGGCCGUCGGCGCCACGAUGAAGGCGCCCGGCGCAGCCGGCUUUCUCAUCUCUAAGGCCGCGUUCCUCGCCAACCCGCAGCUGUAUUUUCAGAUCCUGCGUACUGCCGGCGCCGCCGCGGCGGCUGCCGCCUUCGCUCUGUAGGGGACAUCGCAGCGUGCAGGCACGCGCGCGCAUCUCCUACCGACGUUUCGUGUGUUAUCUUAGUGUGCUCUGUUGAUCUGGCGCCGCGCCGGUGCUUGUUUCUAUCUACUGAAGUAUAUUGUUAUCUCCAAAAGAUGUUGUAUGUGUCGAUUAAUCUUACUAGUUUUUAUUUCAAAACGGAGGCACCUGUCCUAUCCUAUACAUCGAUUGAUGUAUGCGACAAUUGUAUUUCCUUAUUUA